AUGGCUGUUGAUACUGCUGCUCCAGCAAAAGCUUCUUGGGCUGACGAAUACGAGGAUGAAGAAGAUUCCUUCCAACCUCAAAUGUACACUGACGAAGAUGGCAACAAGGUUAUCAUUGAAUUCAGAGAAAACGAGGACGGCAAGAAAGUCAAGGUCACUCGCAAGCUUCGUGCUAAGCUUGUAACUGAACAUGUCAACAAGGCCGUUGCUCAGCGCAAAAAGUGGGCCAAGUUUGGUGAGGAAAAGGGCAAGAAGGCUGGCCCUGAUCUUUCUACUACUACCAUCGGUGAAAAUAUUCCCUUGAAAUUAGGAUCAAAUACUGGCAAGAAUGUCGAAGCUGUGGCAGAGGAGGAAGCUAAAGAUAAGAUCCAGAGCCAACUCAAGACCAAGAACAUUGCAUGUCGUAUCUGUAAGGGUGAGCACUUCACAAGUAAAUGUCCCUACAAGGAUACAAUGCAACCUUUGGAUGAAAUUGCCUCUACAAUUGAAGCCGUUAAACUCGAUGGAGCCGAUGCCACUGCUGCAUCAGAGAGCGGAUCAGGACCCAACAAAUACACACCUCCUCAUCUUCGUAACAAGGCUCAAGGUGCUGGUGAAUCUAUGCGUGGUGAUCAAAAGCGUGAUGAUUCUGCUACUCUCCGUGUCACCAACUUGUCUGAGGAUGUUACUGACAAUGAUAUAUAUGAUCUCUUUAACCGUUUCGGUAGUAUCGCCCGUGUUUACUUGGCUCGUGAUCGUGAUACCAACCUCUGUAAGGGGUUCGCUUUUGUUUCCUUCAAUGACCGUGAGCAUGCUGAAAGAGCUCAACAAGCUAUCAAUGGUUAUGGUUACGAUAAUCUCAUCUUGAGAGUCGAGUUUGCUAGAAGCACUUGA